AUGUCAACAGAAUAUAUUGAAGCACCAUCACACAGUGCGUUGUCUGAUGAAGACAGUGGGACUUAUGAUGAAUGGAUUCCAUCAUUUUGUUCAAGGUUUGGUCAUGAAUAUUUUUGUGAAGUCCCACAUGAAUUCAUUGAGGAUGAUUUUAACUUAACCUCUUUAGCUCAAGAAGUUCCACAUUAUCGUAAGGCGUUGGAUAUGAUACUAGAUUUAGAAGAUAUAAGUGAUGAUGAAGAAGAUGAGGAGGAGGAAGAGGAAGAUCAAGAUAUGUUAGGGGAAAAUGGGUCGCAAAAUAGUAGCAGUAAGAGGAAACCACCAAUAGUUAAUAGAAGUAUUAUUGAACAUGCUGCUGAACAACUAUAUGGGUUGAUUCAUGCAAGAUAUAUCUUAACUAAACAAGGGUUACAAUCCAUGGCGGAGAAAUUUGAUCAUAAAGAAUUCGGAAUUUGUCCUCGUUACCAUUGUAGUGGUAUGCAAUUGUUACCAUGUGGAUUAAGUGAUACCAUUGGGAAAUAUACUGUAAGACUUUAUUGUCCAAGUUGUCAAGAUAUAUAUCUUCCACAAUCCUCGAGGUUUCUUUGUUUAGAAGGUGCAUUUUGGGGAACCAGUUUCCCAGGUGUGUUUUUGAAACAUUUCAAAGAACUUGAAGAAUACGUUGAAAGAAAGACUAAGGAAACGUACGAAUUGAAAGUAUUUGGAUUUAGAAUCAACGAUAGAGCAGUUUCUGGGCAAAGGAUGAAAUGGCUAAGACAAUAUCCAAGUACCGAUGAAGAGUGGGCAGAUUUUGCCAAAUGUGAAUUCGAAACUCCAUCAGUAUAA